AUGGGCGAACUUGUCCCGAGUCUGGAUCUCCCCCCGGAGGCCGUCAAAAGCACCGCAAUGGAGAAGAUCACCGACAAGAUCGCGGCGCUGCCCGCGGGGCAGGACUACUUCUCGCUCGAGUUCUUCCCGCCCAAGACGGCCAUGGGCUUUUCCAACCUCCGCAGCCGUCUCGACCGCAUGGCGCGGGCCCUUCGCCCGCUGUUCGUCAACGUCACCUGGGGCGCGGGCGGAUCGACGGCUACCAAGUCCCUCGAGCUCGCCGAGAUCUGCCAGCGCGAGUUGGGCUUGACCACCUGUCUGCACCUCACCUGCACCAACAUGAGCCGCCAGCUGAUCGACAAGGCGCUCGAGGACGCCAAAGCACUGGGCGUCCGCAACAUCCUGGCGCUGCGAGGUGAUCCCCCUAGGAGGGCCGAGUACCGCGACGUCAACGAGCCGGAGCCGGCCGAGGGCGCCGAGGAGGAGGACGAGUUCACCUGGGCCAUCGACCUGGUCCGCUACAUCCGCAAGACACAUGGGGACUACUUUUGCAUCGGCGUGGCGGCGUACCCGGAGGGCCACGCGGACGAGAGCCACCCGCUGGGCCAGAGCCUGGAGCACGAUCUGCCGUAUUUGGUUGAGAAGACGCAGGCCGGCGUCGACUUUAUCAUGACGCAGCUGUUCUUCGAUAUCGAGGCGUACAAGCACUUUGAGAAGACGCUGCGCGAGCACCCGAGCGGCGCCUUCAAGGACAUACCCAUCCUGCCGGGCCUGAUGCCGAUCCAAAGCUACCAGAUGAUCAAACGGACGACGAAGCUCAGCCACGCGCAUAUCCCGGACGGGCUGAUGGGCCGGCUGGAUGCGGUCAAGGGCGACGACGAGAAGGUGAAGGAGGUGGGUGUGGACAUCAUCAGCGAGAUUGUCGACCAGAUCCGGCAGAUCAAGAGCGGGACAGCGGACGCAACAGCCGACGACAAGCCCCGGGGCUUUCACUUCUACACACUCAACCUGGAGAAGGCCGUGUCCUUCAUCAUCGAGCGGACCGGCCUCAUCGCACCCAUCACACCAGAGGGAGACGAAGAAAGCGCCGUCGCAGUCGACCAGAGCCCGCUACCGGACAUCCGCAUCCUGCGCAUCAACGGGUCGACGCCGGACCAGUCGUUGCACGAGCCCCUUAGGCGGAAGCUCUCGAUCGGGUCCGACCCGCGCGACCGCGUAAUCGUACAGAGCCGCUCGGCGUCCCACCCAGACUGGGAAGUCACGGCGCUCGAGGCCAGCGUGCCCGCGGAGCCGAUCAACUCGCGCGCCAACACGCUAGCCAUCUCCGAGGGCGAAGGGGUACUCGGCCGCGAGGCCACCUGGGACGAUUUCCCCAACGGCCGCUGGGGUGACGCGCGGUCGCCGGCGUACGGGCAGAUCGACGGGUACGGCGUCAGCCUACACGUCACGGUCGCCCAAGCGCGAGAGCUCUGGGGCACGCCGCGGCGGUCCGAAGACGUCAGCGCCAUCUUCAUCCGGCACUUACGCGGAGAGCUGUCGACGAUUCCGUGGAGCGAGGAGAGUUUUAGUGCUGAGACGGCGGAGAUUCGUGACCAGCUGGUGGCGCUCAACUCCAAGGGGUGGUGGACGCUGGCGUCGCAGCCGGCGGUGAAUGGGCUGCGGUCGAGUCAUCCGACGUUCGGUUGGGGCCCGCAGAACGGGUUUGUGUUUCAGAAGGCGUUUGUCGAGUUCUUCCUACCAUCAGCCGACUGGCGGGUGCUGGAGGAAAAGCUGAAGCGGCCGGAGAUGCGGGACGUUGUGUGUUACUAUGCUACCAACAUCCGCGGCGAUUUUGUCAGUUCCGAUUCCGAUUCCACAACACCAGAACCACCCACAACCACAGCCCCGCCCCCAGAACGCGAAGCGAGCACCAACGCCGUGACAUGGGGCGUCUUCCCAGGCAAAGAAAUCGUCACGCCGACCAUCAUCGAGGAAGUGUCGUUCCGGGCCUGGAGCGAGGAGGCGUUUGGGAUCUGGGGGGAGUGGGCCAAGAUUUACCCGAGGGGGUCGGAGAGCGCGCGGUUCUUGGAGCGGGCGCGGUCGGACGCGUGGUUGGUGAAUAUUAUUCAUCAUGAUUUUGUGGAGGCUGGGGCGUUGUGGGAGUUGUUGGGGGUGGGUGGUGGGAGUGUGUAG